CCCCUCCCACCAAAACCAACUGCAACCCAUCGACCUGGUGCCCUCUCCCCACCAACCCUCCAGAGCUUCCAUCCACUCCCAAUAUGACCUCCUACGCCUCCGACCCCGCCUGGGCCGACAUCGAGCCGCUCCCGCAAGACGAUGGCGGCCCGCACCCUCUCGCCGCCAUCGCCUACAAAGACGAGUACAGCGAAGCGAUGUCGUACCUACGCGCUGUGAUGGCGAAGAACGAGAUGAGCGAGCGGGUGCUAGGGCUCACGGAGCGGAUUAUCGGGAUGAAUCCAGCGCAUUACACCGUCUGGCUCUACCGCUCCCGCGUCCUCGCCGCCCUCUCCUACGACCUCCGCACCGAACUCGCCUGGCUCAACCCCACGGCCCUCAAGCACCUGAAAAACUACCAGAUCUGGCACCACCGCCAAACCAUCGUGGACGCUCUCGACUCGGCCGACGGCGAACAGGCCUUCAUCGCCGGCAUGAUGGAGCAGGACGCCAAGAACUACCACGUCUGGAGCUACCGGCAGUGGCUCGUGAAGCGCUUCGCGCUGUGGGAUGCCGGGGAGCUAGAGAUCGUGGAGGCAAUGCUGCAGCAUGAUGUGCGGAACAAUAGCGCGUGGAAUCAUCGUUAUUUCUUGGUGUUUGGGCGGGACGAUGGGGUGGUGGUUGAGCAGAAGACAAUAGACCGGGAGAUCGAGUACGCAAAAGAAACGAUUCGUAAAGCACCCCAGAACCAAGCCCCCUGGAACUACGUCCGCGGCGUGCUGCGGUACGCCAAGCUCUCGCCGGCUUCGCUGAAGGAGUUCGCAGCGGGGUUUGCGCCGGUGGAGAGGCCGGAGGAUAUCAAGUCGAGCCAUGCGUUGGAUCUGUUGGCGGAGAUCUAUGCGCAGGAGCAGGGGAAGAGUGAGGAGGCGGUAAGGGUGCUGGAUUUGCUGGCGGAGAAGUAUGAUCCGAUUCGGGCGAAUUAUUGGAACUUCCGCAAGUCGCAACUGGGUUCUGCGAGCGCUGCGGCUUGAGCUCGACUUCAUGGGUAUGGUAAGUAGUAGUACUGGGGCAAGGCGUCUUAUUUUGGAUUAAGGGAUGCAUGCGAUACCCGGCUGGCGUUUGGUGUAUGGUAUGAAACCCCAAAAGAAAAGUAUAUUAUCUAGAUCCUUAAUAUCGAGUCUUCUAUCAUAACCCAAG